UUUCAUUCUGGACUCUCAAAGUUCAAAAAGAAAUUUUGUCGAAGUGAGACGGCAUGGAUGAAAUUAUUUGGGUUUUUCGACCCGCUAAAGACGUAAAACUCCUACAUCCGUAGGCCUGGCACAAGCACAACUUGUCAACAAUGUCCAAAUUGGAUAUAAAGACUGUUGGGCCCUUUAUUUUGCAAGAAACGCUAGGCCGAGGACAGACAGGUGUGGUAAAGCUUGGUAUUCAUUGCCAAAAUAAGAAGAAGGUCGCUGUUAAAAUAAUAGAUCGUACAAAGCUYAGUGAGCAAGUCCUUCUGAAGGUAGAGAGAGAGAUAGCUAUCAUGAAGCUGAUAGAGCACCCCCAUGUCCUUGGCUUGUAUGAUGUCUAYGAGAACAAAAAGCAUUUAUUUCUUAUUUUAGAGCAUGUGUCAGGUGGUGAAUUAUUUGACUAUUUAGUCAGACGAGGAAGGCUUCCUAUAAAUGAGGCCAGAAGAUUUUUUGCACAAAUAGUUUCAGCAGUAGAUUUUUGUCAUAAACACUGCAUUUGUCAUAGAGAUCUUAAGCCUGAAAACCUACUACUAGAUAGACGRAUGAACAUUAAAGUAGCUGACUUUGGCAUGGCUUCACUGCAGGCCGGUGAUAAUGCAAUGCUGGAAACGAGCUGUGGGUCACCUCAUUAUGCAUGUCCAGAAGUAAUAAGAGGCGAAAAAUAUGAUGGUAGAAGAGCAGAUACAUGGAGUUGUGGAGUUAUUUUGUAUGCCUUACUUGUGGGAGCACUUCCUUUUGAUGAUGAUAACUUAAAAGGGCUACUAGAAAAGGUUAAAAGAGGUGUUUUCAGUAUUCCAUCAUUUGUACCAUCUGACCUGAAAGAGCUGCUGCGUGGGAUGAUAGAAGUAGAUCAAGACAAGAGAUACACUCUACAACAAGUUAAGAGGCAUCCAUUUUUAUCGAGUUACAAAGAAGAUCUUCCCCCAGAUCCUGAUAUCAUAGACAUUGUUAAAAUUGAAAAUAUAAAUGCUAAAGAUGAAAUAGACCCUGAUGUGUUGGUCUGUAUGACAUCGCUUGGCUGUUUUAAAAACAAAGAUAAACUUUUGAAUAACCUACUAAAAGAGGGCAAAACAAUAGAAAAAGUGGUAUAUUUUUUAUUACUGGAACGUAAAGAACGAGUACCUUGUAAUGAAGACACAGAGGUUGCGUCUAUCAACAGAUUCCAUAACUUAGAAGAUCCUCCAAGAAAAAGAGUAGACUCCUGUGGGUCACCAAGACUUCAGAGAUCAAGUAACAGACAAAAUGUUGAAUUAUGUCCAUCUCCACCUAUCAUGAGACCAAGAGCAGAAACGUACACAGGGGGGACAAGCUCCCCAACUCCACUUCAUAUCAGUCCAAAGCAUCAAUCUUCUUUAAGCAGUAGUAAAAGUCCUAGCAGCAGCCCCCCUGACUCACCAUCGUCCACAACCCCCCCUGGUAGUCCGUGGAAAUCACGGUUAUCAAACAUCAAGCAAGUUAUUGUUGGUUCGCCGAAAUUCCACAAAAAACGACAUACACAUACUACAGGUAGCAGUUCUGGAGAGACUACACCUGUUUGCCCUUCACCAGAUUCAUCUCCUGAUCUGGUCAAGAAGUCUUGGUUUGGCCAUUUAAUGCUAGGCCAUAACGGACAUCACAGACAAGAGGAACCAUUUUUUAUUCUCAUCAAGGGCAAGUCUUUUGGUACAGUCAAGGCAGAUGUGGUUCAUUCUUUUCUAUCGGUUAAUAAUCUGACUCAUUGUGUCGUCACUCAGAGUAGCUUUAAAGCUGAAUACAAGAAAGUUGGAGGGAAAACGAUGUUCAGGAAACCAGUUCGUAUCCUUGUAGAGAUUACGCCUGUUAAGAGCAACUCUGACGAGAAUAAUGAAGUGCAUACUGUCUCAAUUACACUGGAAUCAGGUCCAGCUCAUCGGUUCAAAAAGCUGUGUGAAAAGCUCCAGCUGAUUCUACUUUCCAACAAGAGGCAAAGUGUCCAGGCAGAUGGUAUCUCAUUCAAUGGUGAUAAAGCCUGCCUUCUUGUCCAGGAAGAGAAGAAAGAAAACAGCCUCUCCCAUAAACUGGAACUUGCACAUUUAUCUGACACAGAAAGUGAGAGUGAAAUCCUUGACAGUCCUCGCAUAAGCAAGAAGAAAACUUCAUAUGAUGCCAAGAAAUUGUAUUAGGUAUGGGCUCCCUGUGUAAAAUAUCAAUUUGUGGGGUACCUGUGGUAACAUACCAAGUGGUGGGAUCCCUGUGUUGAAAUAUCGAUAGCAUUUUACAAUUCUAAUGGUUAAAUGUGGAAGUGGAGAUUACUGCUUUUAAUUAUCAAUAUUGGAAUCCCUGUGAAUGAAUACCAUUGAGCGAUUCCUGUGUUUGAAUAUCAAGUGGUGGGGUCCCUGUGGCUACGACCUGAAUGUAGGCAAGGGGCAGGCGAAGAUCUUGUGAAGGGGUUGCUGGGAUUGCUAUUAUUCCUCAAUAGAAGCUAAUCUUCAGCCCCCCUCUAUGAAUACUGGAUCUUCCCAGAAAGCACAGGGAUCCCAACUAGUGAUAUCUACUAAUAUGAAACCCAAACUCCCCCCUCACUAAAUGUUUAGGGAUUCUAACUAGUGAUUUUUUAAUCAUAAAUUAUCAAGUGGUGGGAUUCCUGUGGUUAAAAAUGAAAAAUUUAAAGCGAGUGAAUGAAGAGGACAACAAACUGAUUUAUUGUAAAUUAUAUCUAUUUAUUAAUUGUGGUUGGAGUAGCACAGACCUUAAGAUCUACAAAGAUGGCAUCCAAUGAACGUGAGUUUAAAAAUCCUUUUUGCUUAUGGACUUCUCCUUGCCAUACACGUUGAGGAACAAAUAUUGAGGAACUUGCUGUCAGUGUUUUUGAUUGGAAGUUUUGGAAAGAACCAAGUCACCAAACUUUUACUGAGAGUGAAAAUUACAUUUAUAAUCCAUACAAUAUCUAUGAAGCUGAGAACUUUAUCUACCCUAAGUACAGCUGGUUUCUUUACAGUCGAAACACAUGAAGCGCGCCCCCUCAAAACACCAUUAUUUGAUUCUUGGUCGGUUCAACAUUACAUUAUUGAAAUCAAAUAUGAAUUCAAACUUCGA